AUGGUUGGCCGGCGCAACAUCCUUAGUGGUCACCACAACGGCAACAAGAACAAUGAGCAGUUCGACAAGUACCAGCGUGUCGAUUUGGAACACGGUUAUGGGGCGAUCAACCCCCUCAAACCAAAGCAGCGGUUUCGCGAUGCGAUCGAAGCAACGGUCAGGGACAACCGCGCAAAUGAGAUGAAACAAAAGUUGAUCGACAAUGUGGACCACGAUGCGCUUGAGGUAUACCGGAAAAGCGAAGAGAGCUUGAAGAGUAUAAAGAAUAAAAAGGUCCGUGCCUUCUACGAAGAGCAGAACCAGCGUCUGGACGACUGGGCCGAAGUCGACAUGGUGGUUUCGUCGCUUGCAGAUGAUAUUGUUGACAGCAUGAACCCGCGUGACCCCGACCACGACGGUGUAGCUGAAGACAGAGGGCCGCUGGGCAGCAGCGGAGAGGAUUUAGAACCAUUUCUUCCGGAAGAGGAGCGGGAGAAGCGGAGAAAAUCCGCCAGGAGCGUAAAGUGGGCGAUCAAUAUCAACGUGAUUGUGAACAUUCUUCUGCUAGGAGCCAAGGGUGUAGCAGCAAUCUGGUCCAACUCUCUCUCUUUGAUUGCAUCUCUUGUCGACUCAGCCCUAGAUUUGCUUUGUACCAUCAUCAUCUGGAUCACCAACAGACUGGUUGGCUGGCGUAUCGAGAGCCUCAAGAAGAAAUUUCCCAUCGGUCGCCGACGUCUGGAACCUAUUGGUAUUCUAGUCUUCUCCAUUGUCAUGGUCAUUUCCUUCCUCCAGAUCUUGCAAGAGUCUAUUAAGAAGCUCCUCCCAAGCGGCGAACACGAUGUGGCCAUGCUUCCACCUGCAGCUAUCUUCGCCAUGGUAGCCACCAUCGUCGUAAAGGGAACAAUUUGGAUUGGAUGCGCUCGCGUAAAGACAACCCAAGUGCAAGCCUUAGCCCAAGACUGCAAAACUGACGUGUACUUCAACACUCUAUCCCUUCUCUUUCCUCUCAUAGGCGCCCACUUGGACGUAUGGUGGCUGGAUCCCCUCGGUGCAGCAGGCCUCUCCCUUUUCAUCAUUUAUGACUGGGCCUGCACCUGCUUUGAAAACGUAGCUCGUCUUACUGGCGAAGCAGCAGACGCGCGUGUCGAGCGCAAGAUGAUGUUCAUGGCCUAUAGAUUUGCCCCACUCGUUGAAGGCUUCAAAAGUCUAAAGUGCUACCAUGCUGGCGAUGGCGUUUGUGUCGAAAUAGACGUCUUGAUGAAUGAAGGAACGCCGUUGAGAAGGUGCCAUGAUAUUGCCGAAACACUACAAUACUGUCUAGAAGGCCUCAAGGAGGUAGACCAAGCCGAGAAGGAUGAUGGCACAAUGAUGUUUUGCAUACGGUAUCGAUUCUAG